GAUGGUUAUCUACACUAGAUUUGCACAUGUCAGAGCUCGAAGAGGAACGUCUGAUUAAGCUCCACAGAGACUACAUCCAGGCUCUAAUGAAAAACAUUGAAGAAAGAUUCAAGGAGAUUCCACUGCUAGAGCAUUUUUCGAUAUUUAACCCGUUGCAAAUACCUGACAGAGCCUCCACAGAAUUCCAGGAUUAUGGUUCAACUGAGAUUCUUGCUCUAAGAACCAAGUUCCUUAGCGAAUCAGACAGCCAAGAGGUAUUGGCAGAGUAUGGAAAGUUUAAAUAUGACCUCAUUAAAUGGAAGGCACAUCUCCAAUCAUUAAAAGAAUCUGGCACUGAUCCACUUGCAG